AUGUACUGGCCAAAUGGAGUACCUCGAAUCUAUGCCGUCAAUGGCCCGGGCAUUGAAUUGUCCGAGGUCGAUGACGGCGUCGCAGUGCAAGAUGAGAAGCUAGAUGGCAGUGCGGUGGAAGAAGAAUCCCCGGCUGGGGACAAGACGGCGCAGCAUUUCGAUUCGGGACACCGCAAAUGGGCGAAUGAACCCAUAACAGGGCUCUGCGCCUCGAAAAGCGGCCUGCUCUUUGCAACAAUGACCCAGUCCUCUCUUGCGAUUUGGCAAACCAAACCCACAGCAGUUAUUGCAGCAGUAAAGCGAUCGUCGCUCUCUUUAAGAAAUUACGGCCCUAACGUGGCCCUUCUGCUGCGGCCGGAUGCUGCAAUCGUGGUUGUCCAAACACUCCACGGGUACCUCAUUACUUAUUCUAUCGCGGUGGCCUCCAACUCUCACGUGUAUCAGCAUCGUUUUAGGCAUACCCAGCCAAGACGCCAUCGACAGUUCGUUGCGGACGAUUCCAACUCCAUUCGAGAAGCCAGCAUACGAUUCAGGGUAGUCAUCAAAGUAGAUGCCGGAAUAAGUAAAGCACUGGCUCUUGACAAUGAAUUGAUGGUUGCCACUGUUAAACCGGCGGCAAUCCAGUCUAUCAGGUGGACCCCUGACAGAAACGGGCAUCAGACUACGACUGAAUUGCUGCAUCGAAUUCCUUGGCUUUCUAAGAAGGCCGCUGUGGUUGACAUGGUAUAUGACCGCGCCAUGAACCUGCUAUUGUGGAUUACCGGCGAUGGAGAAGCUUAUGCUGUCCAACAUAGCGUUGAAGAAUCUCAACACGGUGGCCCACCCCGAUCGAAUUUUAAAGGCCAUAGGUUUCAUGUACCAGAGGACAACGGCCAUAAAGCCGCACAAGUCGCUGUAAACGCGAGGUUCUCGCUCCUUGCUGUUAGUUGUGUUAAUGGUGACAUUGUUAUCUAUUCAGCCAGAGAUUACGUGGGAAACAUCCCGCUAUCCCAUAAACUUGAUCUCCCUGCAUCCUCAGCGUCUAUGGGUACUCUAUCAUUUAUGAGCUAUUCGCCUGAUGGCUACUGUUUAUUUGCGGGAUACACGCAUGGUUGGGCCACAUGGAGUGUAUUUGGGAAAACCGGGGGAAACAGUUUUACAGCCGAUUCGUCGUUGGCUCUAAGGAAUGAUGAAGCGUGGCUGACCGGCGUUUCCAUGGGUUCUUGGAUAGGUUAUGGAUCCGACAUUCUCCUAACCUCCCAAAACGAUAGACGGUUGUGGCUCCUGGAAUUCGCCAAGAGUGCUUUAACAGGAUGUUUCUCAUCAGCAAACCUAGCCCGUGGUCUGCUACAAACUGGUACAGAGAUAAUUCUAUAUCGCGGGCACGACUUGCCCGACUUGACAACUAUAUCGGGGAAAGAUUCAUUGUGGCACCAUGCCCAGUACCCGCCGCGUUACCUUCAUUCUCAGUGGCCGAUCAGAUCAUGUUGUGUUUCUCAAGAUGGAAGAUAUGUGGCUAUCGCCGGGAGGAGGGGACUCGCCCACUACAGUGUCUAUAGCAAUAGGUGGAAGACCUUCGACGAUCAACGGCAAGAGGAUUCUUUUGCUGUACAGGGCGGUAUGUGCUGGUAUGGCCACAUUUUGAUUCUUGCGGUUGAAUGCAACGCUGCUUACGAGCUACGGAUGUACUCCCGCGAGUUAGCGCUCAAUGGCUCUUCUGUUCUGUAUACCGAAGCCUUGCCGUCACCGGCAGUGUUUAUUGGGCCCUCUGGCGAAGAUUCGUUGCUAGUUUACACUUAUGAGAACAUUCUUUACCACUACGUGAUAAAUACGACAGGAACAAGGCUAAGCCUUGUUCAGGUUGGACAAAUAGCCUUUCAUGGAAUUGUCCGGGCGCCUACUCGCGUUCGUGCUAUUAGUUGGAUUUUGCCUGAGGAUCAACUUCGCAACGGAGAUCCGUCGCAAGACGUCGCAGUAGCUUCAGUUCUCUUUCUUGUCGAUGGCAAACUCGUUUUGUUACAACCAUCGGUCUCUGAAUCGGGAGACUUGAAAUAUGAUAUGCGCAUCGUGGCACAUGAUGUCGAGUAUUACAACUUGAUGCGUGAUCAACUUUCUUUCAAUUUUGGGCCACUGGGAGAUGAAUCGUUACCCCCAAGCCCAUCAGUCGUAGCCGCCCUGAAUAAUGUCCAAUCUGAUAUAUCUCUUCGCGAUUCACUCUGGGCAUUUGGUGGCAAGGAUUUGCUCGUUUGGACUGACGUACAAGAUGUUAUUCGGCCAAAAACGCUAUCUAACGAUAUCUCGAAACCAACUCCCAUUCCUGUCGAUUUCUAUCCACUGUCAAUAAUUCUCAAUAAGGGUAUUAUUCUCGGGAUAGAGCCGGAGGUCACCCAACGGCGAGAUGUUACGUUUACAUUACACCGGUUUGCGAUUCGGAGCCACCUAUUUCUACCAUAUAUACUUCAAUAUAAUCUGAGUCAAUUUGAUACCCCUUCAGCAUUUUCCAUCUGCCACCAUUUCUCGCACCUAUCUUAUUUUCCCCACGCAUUAGAGAUACUUCUUCAUCACGUACUGGAUGAGGAGGUCGAUAAUCCGCACCAUGGAGGCAACAGCCGGUCAGAUGAGCGCCACUUGCUUCCCUCCGUUCUAUCGUUUCUGCAAGCUGGAAAUCCACUCGAGCUAUACCUAGAUAUUCUCGUCCAAUGCAUUCGCAAGACGGAAUUACGAUCAUGGCAGACACUAUUCGCGCAUCUCCCUCCGCCAAGCGAACUCUUUGAACAAGCAUUGAAAUUUAACUCCCUCAAAACUGCUGGAGGUUAUCUGCUUGUGUUGCAAGCGCUUGACAAUCCUGACGACGAGAAUAACGAUGAGAAAAUCGAAGAGUCGGCAAUUCGACUGCUGCGGUUAGCAUGUCAAAAAGGAGAAUGGGAGCUCUGCGGCGAAAUCGCUCGUUUCCUUAUGGCAUUGGAUAGCUCAGGCAACAUGCUCAGCCGUGCUGUUGUCCGGGUUGGGUUACGGGGAGAACAGCUCUCGCCGCCCUCACUGAACGGUGAUGGCGUACCCAACAAGGAACUCAAAAGUUUACGUCUCGGCUCGCCCUCUUCAGGGUCAGAAUCAUCAUCACCAAGUGGGAGCGGUUCCAGUCCAUAA